GUCGGAAAGGUUAGCAGCAGGAAGCCGGCUGCCGUUAAUCCGGGUUCGGGUCGUCUCUCGGUAGCAUGAAAGCCAUGCUAGCCCUCCUCUCUAACGCUCUGUGCAGGAUCACCGGCCGGACCGUGGGAGCCCAAACAGUGUCGGAGCUGCUGGUUGACCUGUCAGAGUACGUCAGCGUGUCAUCCCCUCCGGCGGCGGCGGCGGCGGCGGCGCAGCGGCAGCCGCCAGACCCUCCACCUGUCAGGGGCGCAGAGCUAGUUGUAGAGCAGAGCCCGCAGCCAGGCUCCCGGGUCGUCGUGUCUCGGUCCUUCGCCGACUUCACGCCUCAGGCCACCUUCAGCAUCAAGAAGUGUGACCUGCACCUCCUGGAGGAGGGGCCCCCGCUGGAGGCGGAGCUGACCCGGGACCAGGGUCUGCAGUACUACCGGACCAUGCAGACGGUCCGGCGCAUGGAGCUGAAGGCCGACCAGCUGUACAAGCAGAAGAUCAUCCGGGGCUUCUGCCACCUGUACGACGGGCAGGAGGCGUGCGCCGCCGGCAUCGAGGCGGCCAUCGGCCCGUCCGAUCACCUGAUCACCGCCUACCGCGCCCACGGCUACACCUUCACCCGCGGCGUCUCCGUCAGGGAGAUCCUGGCCGAGCUCACAGGUCGCAAAGGGGGCGUGGCCAAAGGCAAGGGAGGCUCCAUGCACAUGUACGCUCCGCAUUUCUACGGAGGGAACGGCAUUGUGGGAGCUCAGGUUCCUCUGGGGGCGGGGAUCGCUCUGGCCUGUCAGUACCAGGGGAACCAUCAGGUGUGCGUCACGCUGUACGGAGAUGGAGCGGCCAACCAGGGUCAGAUCUUUGAGGCCUACAACAUGGCGGCGCUGUGGAAGCUGCCGUGUAUCUUCAUCUGCGAGAACAACAAGUACGGCAUGGGGACGUCGGUGGAGCGCGCCGCCGCCAGCACCGAGUACUACAAGAGGGGGGACUACAUCCCCGGUCGCGGGGUGGAUGGGAUGGACGUCCUGUGUGUCCGUGAAGCAACCAAGUUUGCAGCAGAUCACUGCAGAGCAGGAAAGGGUCCAAUCAUCAUGGAGCUGCAGACCUACCGUUACCAUGGACACAGCAUGAGUGAUCCAGGAGUUAGCUACCGCACCCGGGAGGAGAUCCAGGAGGUCCGCACCAAGAGCGACCCCAUCUCCAUGCUGAAGGAGCGCAUGCUGAGCAACAACAUGGCGUCUGCAGAGGAGUUCAAGGAGUUGGAUGUGGACAUCAGGAAGGAGGUGGAGGAGGCGGCUCAGUUUGCGACCUCUGACCCCGAGCCUCCUCUGGAUGAACUCUGUAACCACAUCUUCUCCAACAACCCUCCUCUGGAGGUCCGAGGCACCACGCCCUGGUCCAGGCUCACCUCCGUCAGCUAGAGGAGCUGCUGCUCCGCCCCCCUGGUCCAGGCUCCGCCCCCCUGGUCCAGGCUCCGCCCCCUGGUCCAGGCUCCGCCCCCCGGUCCAGGCUCACCUCUGUCAGCUAGAGGAGCUGCUGCUCCGCCUCCUCCUCUCAUCUCAGCACUUUAGGAGGACUGCUCUGUCCUCCACCCUGCCAGUGUUAUUUAUUUAUUUAUUUAUAGUUUUAUAGUCAUUCUGUCUUCAUAGCUCCUCCUCCUCCUCUUCUUCCUCCUCCUCCUCCUCCUGAUGCUGCAGGGUUGCUCCUAAACGCACAAACAGUUCUCCAGUGUUCCUGCAGGUUUUCCUGCUAGACGUUCUCUUGGGAACAGACGGGUCCAACAGUUCUUCAGAACCGAUUCCUUCUGUGUCAAAUAAAGGUUGUAAAUAGUU